UUCCUCCACUAUUUUCAUCUCAAUUUCUUCCACCUCCGAUGGCCAUGGCCACCCAAGCUUCCCUCUUCACACCAUCAAUCUCCACCCCAUCAUCUUCUCCAUGGAAACAAUCCUCUCCGAUCACCACCACUUUCACCACCGUCAAACCACCCAAACCCACCACCCGAUUCACCACCAUCAAAGCCUCCGGCGCCGCCACAGACGACAUCCCCACUAAACAAGCUCCGGCGGGAUUCACCCCACCGGAAUUAGACCCCAACACCCCAUCUCCAAUCUUCGCCGGAAGCACCGGCGGGCUGCUCAGAAAAGCUCAGGUGGAGGAAUUCUACGUGAUCACAUGGGAAUCACCAAAAGAACAAAUCUUUGAAAUGCCCACCGGCGGUGCUGCCAUCAUGAGAGAAGGACCAAAUCUGUUGAAAUUGGCAAGAAAAGAACAGUGUUUAGCUUUGGGGACAAGAUUGAGAUCAAAAUACAAGAUAAAAUACCAGUUUUAUAGGGUGUUUCCGAAUGGGGAAGUGCAGUAUUUGCAUCCGAAAGAUGGGGUGUACCCGGAAAAAGUGAACGCCGGCCGGCAGGGGGUGGGGCAGAAUAUGAGGUCCAUCGGAAAGAAUGUUAGUCCAAUUGAAGUCAAGUUCACCGGAAAACAACCGUAUGAUAUAUGAUGAUGAUGGUGGAUGAUCUUUUGAUUAAUUUGUGAUUAUGUUAUUUUGAAGUUAAUUAAAACAAGUGUUUUUAAUAGUUUUUAUA